UGGAACACUUGGUACUGGACAUUGUACGUCACGUAAAUGGCAAAAUACGAAAACACGAGAGCAAAUAGUGUACAUUGGUGAAUAAAUAGGAUAUUGAAUAGGCGCAGUGAAUGCUGAAGGUGAAAUAGGAGUGACGAGGUCUCAUUUGUGGGGAAUAUUGGUUUCCUUGCUAGGAUGGCGACUUGACCCCACGAAGAAUGGAAAACUAAAGGAACGAUUAACACAUUGAGGAUUUGGACCAGUGCGGGUAACAAACAAAAAGAUGGCAGAAGUAGAUCCAGAAACAUUGCUGGAAUGGCUCAGCAUGGGCCAAGGCGACGAAAGAGACAUGCAGCUCAUAGCCUUAGAACAGCUGUGCAUGUUAUUACUCAUGUCUGAUAAUGUCGACCGGUGUUUCGAAAGUUGCCCACCACGAACUUUUCUCCCAGCUCUUUGCCGCAUCUUCUUGGACGAGCUAGCUCCAGAUAGUGUGCUGGAAGUAACAGCCCGUGCGAUUACAUACUACCUUGAUGUCUCUGCUGAAUGCACGCGGCGAGUGGUUGCCAUGGAAGGUGCUGUUAAAGCUAUUUGUGGACGUCUUUCUGGAGCAGGCCUUGGGUCUAGAGCGAGUCGAGAUCUAGCAGAACAAUGCAUAAAGGUUCUUGAACUGGUUUGCGCAAGAGAAGCAGGAGCAGUUUUUGAAGCAGGUGGUCUGCCAUGUGCAUUGUCAUUCAUUCGCGAACACGGAGCCAGGGUGCAUCGUGAUACCUUGCAUUCUGCAAUGGCCGUAGUUUCUCGAUUGUGCGGCAAAGUCGAACCACAAGACAAAGCGUUGCCAGAUUGUGUUGAAGCUUUAUCUACUUUAUUGAGACACGAAGAUGCUCAUGUAGCUGAUGGUGCACUCAGAUGCUUCGCUUCACUAGCUGACCGAUUUUCAAGGAGAGGCGUUGAUCCUGCACCAUUAGCAUCUCAUGGCUUAGUUUCCGAAUUAUUGUACAGACUAUCGAAUGCUGCUGGACCUGGUGCGUCAGCUGCUAAUACAUCCAGCAACACCAAAACACCACCUCCAUCAACUGCAUCAACUGCUCCAGCACCUGAGCCAAAAUCUUGUGCUUCGGUAUCCACGAUUAUCAGCCUGUUAUCAACAUUAUGCAGGGGUUCUCCAUCUAUAACUCAUGACUUGCUACGUUCUGAGUUGCCUGAUGCCAUAGAGAAGGCUUUGAAGGGUGACGAAAGAUGUGCUUUAGAUUCCAUGAGAUUAGUCGAUUUACUAUUAGUCUUAUUGUUCGAAGGAAGAUCAGCUUUAGGCCGAGGAGCCGCUGGAGGUCCGUCAGGUCCUUUGUUACCACGACUGAGACGGCUUGAUAGUGCAGGAGAAAAAUCUCAUAGACAAUUGAUCGAUUGUAUUAGAUCCAAAGAUACAGAUGCGUUAAUAGAAGCUAUAGAAUCUGGCGGUAUUGAAGUUAACUUUAUGGAUGAUGUUGGGCAAACUCUUUUAAACUGGGCAUCAGCCUUUGGUACACAAGAAAUGGUAGAAUUUUUAUGUGACAGGGGAGCGGAUGUAAAUAAAGGUCAACGCUCAUCCAGUUUACAUUAUGCCGCGUGUUUUGGAAGACCGGCCAUAGCCAAAGUUUUGCUUCGACAUGGUGCUAACCCUGAUUUGAGGGAUGAAGAUGGCAAAACACCUUUAGAUAAAGCUAGAGAACGAGUGGACGAAGGGCACAGAGAGGUUGCAGCUAUUUUGCAAUCUCCUGGAGAGUGGAUGUUGCCACCCAAUCAAGAAAAUCGAAAGCCAGAAACCGAAGUUGAGGACAUCACAGAACCAAAGGGAGAUCCCGAAAUGGCUCCGGUUUACCUAAAGAGAUUAUUACCAGUGUUCUGCGCGACAUUUCAAUCUACAAUGCUAUCCAGCGUCAGAAAAGCAAGCUUGAGCCUGAUUAGAAAAAUGGUACACUAUAUCCAACCAGAACUUCUCGUCGAGGCAUGUGGAUCUGAGGGUACAGAUUGCGGAGCAACUCUUGUUGAGGUCAUUGCAACUGUCUUGGAUAACGAGGAGGCAGAGAUCGAGGUACCACCGUCGCCUCCCAAACCAUUCGUCGGCCCAAAAUUGCCCUGCCUUCUUCCGCGCAAGUCUUCUAGUUCCCAGAAGUACAUUCUCGAAAAGACGGAGGAUGAAGAUGGGCACCUGGUAGUUCUGCAAAUGAUUCAAGAUUUGAUGAUUAAGGGAAAAGACGAAUUUUUAGAACAUUUUGCAAGAUUGGGUGUUUUUUCUAAAGUUGCAACAUUGGCUACUGAACCAGAAUCAGAGACUAAUCAAUCUGGAGAAGAACAACCAGUUGAAGAUGCAAGGGAACUGUUGGUUGGCAGGGCCUAUCAUUGGAGGGAUUGGUGUAUUUGCCGAGGACGUGAUUGUUUGUAUGUUUGGUCCGAUGCAGCUGCUCUAGAAUUAUCUAAUGGAAGUAAUGGCUGGUUUAGAUUUAUCCUCGAUGGUAAACUAGCCACCAUGUACUCCAGCGGUAGCCCAGAGGGUGGCACUGAUACAACAGGAAAGGGGCGGAACACAGAGUCGCUAACUACUGAAGAAAAUCGAGGAGAAUUUCUUGAGAAACUACAAAGAGCUCGAACUCAAGUGAAACCAAAUUCUGUAAGUCAACCUCUACUGUCUCGCCCUGGCACAACACGGUUGGUAGUUGGCAAUUGGGCUCUUUCUAGUCGAAGAGAAGGUGAAUUGUACAUCCACAAUAGUGACGGACAACAGCAAGCUACUAUUUUGAAAGAAGACUUGCCUGGUUUUAUAUUUGAAUCCAAUCGCGGCACCAAACAUUCCUUCACUGCCGAAACUAGCCUGGGUCCGGAAUUUGCGGCUGGUUGGGCCGGCAAGCGUGGAAAACGAUUACGGUCGAAACUAGAAGCUAUUAAACAAAAAGUGAAAACUCAAGCUCAAGAAAUAUAUGAAAGGUAUUUCAAAGUAGCACAGGCCCAACCACGUGGUGUAGUAGCGAAGCUCAGUACAAUCGUAAGCCAAAUUGAAAAAGCUUGUCAGAAACAGCAAUCCGGCAAUCGUGAAUGGCGCAAUGUUUUACAAAAUACGUUGGAAGAGCUAAAGAUCUUAUUGAACGAAGAAGGAAAAGUCUCUGCCUAUGAACUACAUUCUAGUGGGCUCAUUCAAGCUCUACUUGGACUAUUAGCUGCCCCACCAGGACCACAACCACCUUCGUUACGAGCCACAAAAUUGAGGCUACAGAGGAUAGCUUUGUUCAAAAGUUGUUUCCAAUCACAUGAUAUCGACCGAGAACAUAGUUCAGCAAAAAUUUUAGUUCACAAAUUAGUUUCGGUCCUCGAAUCAAUUGAAAAACUUCCCGUGUAUUUGUACGAUACACCAGGAUCCGGAUAUGGACUACAGAUUUUGACAAGGAGACUCCGCUUCCGAUUGGAAAAAGCAGCUGGGGAGAGUGCACUAAUUGAUCGAUCUGGUAGAGGUCUGAAAAUGGAACCAUUGAGCACUGUACAACAACUGGAACAUCAUUUAUUGAAAAUGGUUGCAAAACAAUGGCACGAUCAUGACCGUUCCACAUUCACCUUUGUUAAAAAAUUGAAAGAGGGUAAUAGAAUGACAUUCAAGUAUCAACAUGAUUUCGAUGAAAACGGGCUGAUAUAUUGGAUCGGAACAAACGCAAAGACCAGUUCGGAAUGGGUAAACCCAGGGCAAUAUGGAUUAGUUGUGGUAACUUCCAGCGAUGGCCGCAUCUUGCCAUAUGGUCGACUCGAAGACAUUCUUAGUCGAGAUCCGUCAGCUUUAAAUUGUCAUACAAAUGACGAUAAACGAGCUUGGUUUUCGGUGGAUUUAGGUGUGUGGCUAAUUCCGAGUGCUUAUAGUUUGAGACAUGCAAGAGGAUAUGGUCGCAGUGCUUUGAGAAAUUGGAUGUUCCAAGUUUCCAAGGAUGGUAUAAACUGGACAACGUUGUAUACACAUGUCGAUGACUGCUCUCUUAAUGAACCUGGUAGUACUGCAACUUGGACCCUAGAACCUCCUGCUGAAGAGGUUCAGGGCUGGCGUCACCUGCGUUUACAGCAAACUGGAAAAAAUUCAUCUGGCCAAACCCACUACCUCUCCAUGUCUGGGUUAGAGAUUUAUGGAGAAGUUACUGGUGUCUGCGAAGACCUGGGUAGAGCUGCUAGAGAAGCUGAAGCCGGUGUGCGGAGGCAGAGACGAUUAGUCAGAACCCAGGUUCUGAGGCAUUUGGUGGCAGGAGCACGUGUGGCUAGAGGUCUUGACUGGAAAUGGAGAGAACAAGAUGGUGUUCCACCAGGUGAAGGUACUGUAACGGGGGAAUUACAUAACGGUUGGAUAGAUGUAACCUGGGACCAUGGUGGCUCAAAUUCUUAUCGCAUGGGAGCAGAAGCAAAAUACGACUUAAGGCUAGUGAGCACAGGUGUGGAAAGUGAAAACAGCAUGAAAACUAAAAACGGUACUAGUGUACUAACCAGCAGAAAGUCUAGCAGCACACCCAGCUUACCAGAUUGUACAGAUGCAGGCAUGCGAGGAUCAGUCGCGUCGACCGACCAAGCUGCGAGUGCCGAUAACUUAGCCGCAAAGCAAGCAGCAGAGUCGAUAGCAGAAAGUGUACUAUCAGUGGCCCGAGCAGAAGCAGUGGUGGCAGUAACUGGAGAAGGUGCUGCCAGUGCAGCAGGCGAAUUAUCUGUUGUUUUACAUCCCAGGCCCGAUGCAGCCAGUGAUUUGGCAACUAUUGUUGAAAGUCUUGCUCUCAAUACCGAAUACUCGAUUAAUACCAACUGUAACCGAGCCACAAAUAGCUCUAAACCUCUAUUUCCCACAGUUCGAGGGAACAAGCCCACAAGCGGUCUUUUGAGUCUGGAAGCUGCAGAGGUUUUGGAUCGUAUGCGCGAAGGUGCAGACAGGUUACGUAAUAAUACUAACAGUUUCUUGAGUGGAGAAUUACUUGGUUUGGUACCUGUUAGGAUUAGCGUAUCUGGUGAAACUGACGAAAGUUCUAUGAGAAUUCGGAAUCUGACUAGACAUCGUCCAGGAAUCACUGACAACAUGAAAGAGUGCGGUCGUGACAAAGAAGCUAGUUCGUCAUCUCAGAAUGCUCCUGGAUGUCCCAUCGUAGUAACAAAUCCCAUGUCUGUAUCUGUACCAAAUCUUACCUGUACAGAUGCUAACAAUACUCUGGAACCAGCGGCAGCUACUGGACUACUCGAAACUUUUGCUGCAAUGGCUCGCAGACGAACUUUGGGUCCCGCAGGUGGUCAGCAUAUAGCUCCAAACUCCAAUUCUGGAUCAAAUCCUCGAGGACCAAAUUCUGUGUCUAGUUUGGUCAGAUUGGCAUUGAGCUCCAAUUUCCCAGGAGGUUUACUAAGUACAGCACAGAGUUAUCCAAGUCUUACCAGUAGUGGACAAGUUGCCGGCAGUGGAGUUACCACAACAACUGGACCUGGCUUGGGACAGGCCCUGACUAUGUCUCUAACGAGUACAAGUAGCGACAGUGAACAGUUAUGGCUACAGGUCAGCGUGGAAGAUUUCUUGGAAUCAUGUGGUGGAGUCACUGGUAAUGGAGUUACGGGUGGCCGUGGUACAGGUGGUCCCACUCUAUUAGGUGAACUGGAGGAUGAUGAAGAUGGCGCACUUGCCGAGGAAGAUGAUGACAACGAAGAAAAUGAGCAAGAGGAGGAUGAUGAAGAAAACGAAGAAGAGGGUGAUGGCGGGGAAGGUGAAUACGAAGAGGUCAUGGUCAGUCGUAACUUAUUAGCAGCGUUCAUGGAAGAAGAAACUCAGCCACAACCCAGCAAACGACGAGCCUGGGAUGACGAGUUUGUUCUGAAAAGACAGUUCUCUGCUCUGAUACCAGCUUUUGAUCCGAGGCCAGGCCGGACGAACAUCAACCAGACCACGGAUCUAGAAGUUCCUCCACCAGGCAGUGAGCUGCAGACAAGUACUCGAUCUGGCUUGCCAACAGCUCCAAAGCUGUCUUUAACCUUGAAAGGUCCUGGAUUGCCAGGGGUCCCUGACGUAGAAGUGCCUCUCACCGAUCCUCAGUCUACUAUAUUCCAAGCUGUUCAAGAACUUAUGCAACUGACAGAACUAGGUAGCAGACAGGAGAAACUCAGAAGGAUAUGGGAGCCAACUUACACGAUAGUUUAUAAAGAAGCUAGAGAUGAAGAAUCCUCAGGUCGUGCAACGCCGGUCAUAACGUUAUAUUCACGCAAUCCAAUACAAAACACAAGUGCCUGUACCGUAGAAGACGUCCUACAACUUUUGCGUCAUGUGUUUGUGCUGAGUGCGAUGCGUGAGGACCAUAAAGACAUUAUAACGGAAGACAGUGAUCCUGAAGGGUGUUGGGUCAAUCCCGAUGACUUUACGUCAAAGAAAAUCACUAAUAAGGUUGUGCAGCAGAUUCAAGAUCCAUUAGCUUUAGCAGCUGGUGCUCUACCAAAUUGGUGCGAAGAAUUGGCAAGAAGUUGCCCAUUUUUAUUGCCAUUUGAGACCAGACGACUAUACUUCAGUUGCACGGCAUUUGGAGCAUCAAGAUCCAUUGUCUGGCUACAAACUCAAAGAGAUGCUGUAUUAGAAAGACAAAGAGCUCCUGGACUUAGCCCGCGAAGAGAUGAUAGUCAUGAAUUCAGAGUAGGAAGACUAAAACACGAAAGGGUCAGUGUGCCAAGGGGAGAGAAAUUAUUGGACUGGGCUGAGCAAGUGCUCAAGGUACACGCCAACCGCAAGAGCAUACUGGAAGUACAGUUUGUUGGUGAAGAGGGAACCGGCCUUGGACCAACAUUAGAAUUUUUCGCUUUAGUUGCUGCUGAAUUACAACGUAAAGAUCUGAGACUUUGGCUUUGCGAUGAUGAACAGCCAUGCCUCGAUGAACAUUCUUGUCCACCGGGAGAACAGAUUCGUCCGCCUGGAUAUUAUGUAGUUCGGCCCAGUGGCCUAUUUCCUGCGCCAAUACCUCAAGACUCACCAACUUGUGACAGAGCUGUCCGGUAUUUCUGGUUCCUAGGUGUAUUUUUAGCCAAAGUUCUACAAGAUAAUAGACUAGUGGAUAUCCCAUUAUCUCAACCUUUCUUAAAGCUUAUGUGUCGUGGAGACAUCACUAAUAAUGUGAAUGAAAGAAUCGGAUUGAAUACAGUUCCACAAGAAAGCAUGCCGUCAAGUAUGGCUAGCAGCUUUAUCUCUGAAGAAGGAGAACUAGAUACCCAAUAUUCCCUAGAACCAGCGCCGUGGUACGACGGAAUACUUGACAUUGAAGACUUAGCAGUUGUGGAUCCUGUCAGAGGCGAAUUCUUGAAGCAAAUGCAAAGUUUAGUGUCGAGACGCGACAGGACGUUAUCUGAUGGUCCGUUAACGGAGGAAAUAAGGGAUUCGUUACAUGUCACUCAUUCUUCUGGUACUUCUAUGGCUAUCGAAGAUUUGGCUCUUACGAUGAGCUAUGCGCCUAGCUCUAGAAUUUUUGAACACGAUCAAGUCGAAUUGAAAGAAGGUGGUUCAAAUAUACCUGUGACGCUAGAUAAUGUACACGAAUAUACAGAUCUGACGAUUAAAUAUUGUCUUGAACGAGGAAUCGCUAGGCAGCUUGAAGCAUUUAAAGCAGGCUUCUCCAGAGUAUUUUUAAUGGAAAAACUACAUGCGUUCAGCCCAGAAGAAAUUAGAGCGAUGCUUUGUGGCGAACAAGAUCCUCAAUGGACUAGGGACGAUUUACUCAAUUACACUGAGCCCAAGUUAGGAUAUACCAGAGAAAGUCCUGGAUUCCAACGAUUUGUCAACGUAUUGCUAUCGCUCUCCGGAUCCGAACGCAAAGCUUUUCUUCAGUUUGCAACAGGUUGUUCAGCCUUGCCUCCUGGUGGCCUCUGCAACCUACAUCCUAGAUUAACAGUAGUACGUAAGGUUGAUGCUGGAUCGGGAGGAUUUCCUUCUGUGAACACGUGUGUGCAUUAUUUAAAGUUACCAGAAUAUCCAACGGAAGAGCUUUUAAAAGAAAGGCUAUUAGCUGCAACUCGAGAAAGGGGAUUCCAUUUAAACUAGGCAUUUUAACUUAAUGGAAAUCAAUAUCUGAUUCAUGGUGAGUAAAAAAAUUAGGUCACCGAGAAUUUCAACCACCUACGCUUUCCGCAAUUAAUUGGGUUUUAAAAGUGAUAGCAUAUAUUGUAGAUUAAACAGUGGGAUAGAUAAAUCAUUUAUCACGGAUUUGCGAAAAAAACUGUCAUUUAUUAGGAAUAAUAUUUUCAUUUUACACGUUCAGCAUGUUGUGAUAAUUACGCAAUUAAAAGAAAAGGAAUAACAUAUUUGGAACGACUUUUAGAUGUUAGUUAAAAAAAAGAAAAAGAAAAGGACGUUACACUGGUAUACCGCUCCUAUUUAUCUUGGGUUGAAGCGACUGAAGAGGAGGAGAAAAAAUCUAUCGAAACACAUAGGUAUUUUGAUGAGUUUCUUCAAUCGGUGAUAAUUCAACAAAAUUGCAUUAGGAAUGAUUUGUACAUUUAAUAAUAAUAAGUUAACAAGCCUCCUUCGUUUCAGUUCAAAAUCAAAUCAUAUGCUAUUAGGUGUUUGCAUACAUACGAUAGUAUACCUAUGUAUGUGUAUACACGAAUAUAUGUUUAUAUGUGUCAUUGCAGGUCAGUUUGUUAUGGAAACACAAUCAGAAUAACAAACAAAGCUAAUUCUUAACCAUUUAUCCGAAUGAAAAAGCAAAAGGAAAUAAUUAGUUCAAAUGCGUACCAAUAUACAUGCUUAGACAGCAAGUGCUAUGAUAAAUGACCUGUGGAAUCAGUGUGGGUGGAUUGGUUAAAACCGGAAAAUGCAACUGUUUCUUUGAAUAGCUUUUAUUUUCUCGUUCUUUCGUCUUGUAGCAUAGCUAAAUUUUUUCGGAGAUCACGUUUUCUGAGUGUUUGAGUAAAUUUCUAGUGUGACACUGAAGCUUUUGCGCUUCAACAAUUUACCAAAUCUUACAUAAAAAAUGAAAACAAAAGAAAAGAAUAAACAAAAUAAGUAACAGAGAGAAAAACUCCAAAAACUCAACAAUCAUCGUCCAAGCAAAUAUUCACUCGAUUGUUUUCGUGAAUUAUUAUGUAGAAAAUAGUUUAUGUAAUAAAAUAGCCGCACUUGAUGAAUAAUUAUAUUUUCAAUACAUGGAUGUCUUCAUCCUAGACAGUUGUUAAGUCCCUACUUGUUUCGGAUAAAAAUGAUGCAAAUAAAAUUUGUUGUUUAAUAGAGA